AUGCUUGUCAGUGCGUUGGAGCGUAUCCGCAACCGUCUUCCUUGGCUCGAAAGGCUUGACAUUGUCAAUGAACCAGCUCCACCACCAAAGGACACUGACCUCGAUAAUGAUAUCAGUAAAAUUGACCCCAAUGAUGAUUUCAAGAGGGAAGCAUUCUUCUAUCGUCAGGCUCAAGCGGCUGUUUUGGAAGCCAUCCCUCGCCUUCACGAGCUUAACGUGCCUACCAAGCGGCCGGCAGACUACUUUGCCGAAAUGAUCAAGUCAGACGACCACAUGGUUAAGGUGCGCGAAGCAAUUGUCAUCAACAAAAAACGCUUGGAACUGCGCGAGAAGGCGCGUCAACUGCGUCAGGCCCGCAAAUUUGGCAAGGAAACCCAAAGGGAAGUGCUUGAAGCACGCCGUCUUGAGAAGAAGAAACACAUGGAUGCAUUGAAAGCUGUGAAGAGGAAGCCAGGUGAGAUAGACAUUACAACUAUAUAUACAAGCUACUACAUAAGAUGCAAGUAG